ACUUGAGUUCUGUCAAGUUGUCUCUUCCGAUUUCUGUCCAGUGUGCCCCAGAGACAAGAACAUUUCGGUUCAACAGUCGAAUCGACAAGCCUGGUAAUGUCAAAAGCGUCAGCGAACUCCAGGAAAUGGCGACAAUAUGCCACUGCAAUAACAAUAAAUUUGUCAGCAGUGGCAGCUGGUUUAUCAAUUGGUUGGACAUCGCCGAUGAUAGGUCCGCUACAAGAUCCAAAUACACCACUUGGCACGGAGCCCAUGACACAGGACCAAAUCUCCUGGUUGACAGCGAUUUUUUGUGUUGCACCGGUAUUUGCUCUUCCCUUCUCCAAUCCUUUGGCAGAAAAGUACGGACGAAAAAUAUUUGCCAGUUCAAUAUCCAUUCCCUUGGGCUUCAGCUGGCUCCUCACCCUUCUUGCCAAGGACUUCGCUUGCCUUGUCAUUGCCAGAAUUUUGGCUGGUGUUGGACUCGGUAUGGUUGUGUUCAUUGUUCCCAUUUAUGUAGCUGAAAUUUCGAGCGAUGAGGUGAGAGGUGUUCUCGGCAGCUUCCUGAUGUUUGCAUUGAACAUUGGAAUUCUUCUGGGAUUCAUCUUCGGUGCUGCAAUGUCAUAUCAGAUGUUUGCGAUAUCCGGACUGAUACUGGCGAUUCUGUUCGUUAGCGGUUUUGCCUUCAUGCCUGAAAGCCCGAUUUACCUACUGCGAAAGAAUUGUCAUGACCAGGCGACAAGAUCGUUGAUGUGGAUUUGGAAUAACGAUAAGACAACUGUGGAUUCCGAGAUAAUGAGAUUACAGGAAAUCGUCAAAGACGGGGUGAAUUUUGACAAGAAAGUGAGGUUUAAGGAUCUGUGGAGGGAUCGGGGAACCUUCAGGGGGUUUCUGAUUGCCUCUGCACUUCUGUCUGGACAACAGACUUCAGGAAUUGCCGUUGUCUUCAUGUAUACAGUGACAAUCUUUCGGUUGGCGGGAUCAUCACUGGAUCCAGACUCAGCGGCUAUAAUUCUCGCUGUGAUGCAGGUCUUCGGAUCAUUUUUAUCAACAAUGACGAUCGAACGCGCUGGACGACGAUUGCUGCUAUUAAUUUCAUGCCUGGGAAUGGCAAUUUCUCACUGCUUACUGGGACUAUUCCUUCUUCUUCAACAUCUAGAAUACGAUGUCAAGUCCAUCAACUGGUUCCCUGUUGUUGUUUUGUCGUUUUACACGAUUCUUUAUUGCAUUGGUAUUGGCCCGGUGGCAUAUGUUGUUACGCCAGAAGUCCUCAGUCCCGAUGUCUCCGGUUUGGCUAGCUCAGUUGCUGUUGCCUUCAUGUGGAUUAUAUCCUUCAUAAUUGUCAAAGGCUUUCCAUUAGCCAAUGAUGUAAUUGAAAAUUAUGGAUGUUUUUUUGUUCUUGCAUCAUGCUGUUUGUGCACCUUCGUGUUUACGUAUUUUGUCGUUCCCGAGACGAAGGGGAGAUCGAUCGAAUCUAUUCUUAAAGAGUUGGGUGGGGAAGAGAUUGAGACGAGGAAGAUUCAUGAGAAUAAAAAAUGUUCGGUUAAACCUUAA